AUGAUGAGUUACACUCUUAAUUUUCUCCGUUUAUAUUACUCCCUCGUACUUUAUUGCAUCCUUUCUCUCUUAUUAUUUUUUGUCUUUAUGAUUAUUAAAUCUAUAAGAUAUCAUCACUUGAUGAAUAUGAACCCAAAAAUACCAAAAUUGCCACCAGGUCCUAAACCAUGGCCCAUUGUUGGCAAUCUUCCUGAAAUGCUUGCAAGCAAAUCUCCAAGUGAAUGGAUACAUAAAACUAUGGAAGAGUUCAACACUGGAAUAGCAUGUAUCCGUCUAGGAAAUGUCCAUGUUAUCCCUGUUAAUUGUCCCACCAUUGCUUGUGAAUUCUUGAAAAAACAUGAUGCUGAUUUUGCAUCAAGACCAAAAACCAUGGCCACUGAUAUCAUCUCCAAUGGCUACUUGACUUCAGUCCUUGCACCCUCUGGCCAACAAUGGAAAAAGAUGAGGAAAAUUGUUGCAAAGGAUUUGCUCUCUCCAAUCAGACAUCAAUGGCUUGAAGGCAAAAGAAACGAAGAAGCCGAUAAUCUUAUGUUUUACGUGUACAACAAAUGCAAGGACGGAGAUCUUGUGAAUGUUAGAAUUGCAACACAACAUUAUUGUGGAAAUGUGUAUAGAAAAAUGUUUUUUAAUACGAGAUACUUUGGAAAUGGAACGAAAGAUGGAGGGCCUGGUGUUGAAGAAAAAGAACACGUUGAUGCUGUUUUUGUUUUGCUUGAUCAUAUUUAUGCUUUCUCUGCGUCUGAUUAUAUCCCAUGGUUGAGGUUACUUGAUUUAGAUGGACAUAAAAACAAGGUAAAAAAUGCAAUGAAGAUAAUGAACAAGUAUCAUGAUUCUCUCAUUGAAGAGAGGAUCAAACAAUGGAAUGAUGGAUCAAAGAAUGUUGAAGAGGACUUGCUAGAUGUUUUGAUUUCAUUAAAAGAUGCCAAUAAUAAUCCAUUAUUGACAACGAAGGAAGUCAAGGCUCAAACUAUUGAAUUAAUGAUGGCAAUGGUGGACAAUCCAUCAAAUGUGGUUGAAUGGACAUUGGCCGAAAUGUUAAAACAACCCAAUCUAUUAGAAAAAGCUAUAGAAGAAUUGGACAAUAUAGUUGGAAAAGAAAGACUAGUUCAAGAAUCGGAUAUACCUAAAUUCAAAUUCUUGAAUGCUUGUGCAAGAGAAACAUUCCGCCUCCAUCCUAUAUCUGCUUUCAAUCCUCCGCAUCUUUCUAUGAAUGAUACAAUAGUUGGAAAUUUCUUGAUACCAAAGGGUAGCCAUGUAUUGCUUGGAAGAACUGGUCUUGGGAGAAAUCCAAAAGUUUGGACCGAACCUUACAAAUUUCAACCAGAACGUCAUCUCAAGAAUGAUGGACAAGACAUAUCUUUGACAGAGCCGAGUUUAAAGUUUAUAUCAUUUAGUACAGGAAGACGUGGUUGUCCCGGUGUCAAGCUUGGCACCACAAUGACUAUCUUUUUAUUAGCUAGGUUGCUCCACGGUUUCACUUGGAAUAUACAUCCCAAUACAUCAAAAAUCAAUUUUGAUGAGCCACUUAAGCUUGUAGCAAAGCCACGAUUAAGAAUAGAUUUGUAUAAUUUUUGA